AUGGGCAAACUAAUACGGCUUGAGUUGUUCAACUUCAAGUCCUACAAGGGCCACCAUGUUCUCCUCUUCGGCGAUUCCUACUUUACCUCAAUCAUCGGUCCCAAUGGCUCGGGCAAAUCCAACUCUAUGGACGCCAUCUCCUUCGUCCUCGGAAUCAAAUCUUCUCAUCUUCGCUCAACUCAUUUACGCGACUUGGUCUACCGUGGCCGCGUUUUGAAGACUUCUCGCAUCAAUGCCGACGGAACUGCUACUGAAGUCCCCGAGGGUGAGGCCCAAGAGCCAGAGGCUGAGUCUGGCACACAAGAGGGGGAUCAAGACACUCAGACGAGCAAUCAGCGCGCAGAUCCCACCAACGCUUGGGUCAUGGCUGUCUACGAGGAUGACGCUGGAGACGAACAAGCCUGGAAACGCUCCAUCACAUCUACCGGCCAGUCCGAAUACCGCAUUAACAACAGACCCGUGUCCGCAAAGCAGUACAACGAAGCUCUCGAGGCUGAGAAUAUUCUGAUCAAAGCUCGUAACUUCCUCGUCUUCCAGGGUGACGUCGAGGCUAUUGCUUCUCAGAGUUCCAAGGAUCUCACCAGAUUGAUUGAGCAGAUCAGCGGCAGUCUUGAAUACAAGGCCGACUACGACCGUCUCAAAGUUGAAGCCGAGAAGGCUGCUGAAGACCAAGCUUUCAGACUAAACCAACGCAGAGGCAUCAAUUCCGAGAUCAAGCAGUAUCAGGAGCAAAAGCGCGAAGUCGACAGCUACAACCGCAAAGUCGAUGAAAAAGAUCAAGCUGUUGUCACUCACGUCCUAUGGAAGCUGUUCCACUUCCAACAAAUGGUCGAGUCAUCCGGUGCUGAGAUACAAAAGCACCAGGACGAAUUGAAGGAAUACCGGAGGAAUGUCGAGGCCUUCGAGGCUAGACUUACCGAAGCACAACAGGAACAGGCUAGAGCCGGCCGUGAGGUCCACAAGCUUGAACGCAACAUCAAGAACAAGGAAAAGGCUGUCGAAGAGAAGGAGAAUGAGCUUUUGCCCAUCAACGAGAAGAUCUCCCUCUCCAACAAGAAGCUCGAGGCAUCGCGCAAACGCAUCACUGAAAUUUCAAAAGAGCGCGACGCCCAGUCUCGCAACGCUGACCAGUUGAAAAAGGACCUUGAUGUUGUUCAAAAAGCUCAGAGUAGAUGGGAGCAGGAAUGGUCGGCUGCACAACAACAAGCAGGACGCGAACUCAGCGAAGCCGAUCUCCAAGAAUACAACCGUUUGAGAGGAGAUGUCAACAAGAGAACCGCAGCCGACCAAAUCAAGGUCGACAACAUCACUCGCCAAUUGAAGACGGACGAAGAAACUGUCGAGAGUUUGAAGAGCAAGGUCGAUUCCACGGAGAACCACAUCUCCAAACUUGACAGCGAAGUUUCGUCCUUGCGAUCAAGGCGUGAUGAGCUAACUUCAACUGUUCGCUCCAUUAACAAUGAAGCGGACGGCAAGAAGAAAGAGUUCAACACCAUGACAUCGGAGAGAUUGAAGUCUGCUCAGAAACACACCGAGAUCGAGGAGAAGCUGCAGGAAGUGCUACGCAAACUCAACGAUGCAUCUGUGUCUCAACGAGAGUCCGAGAAGGAAACAAGAGCUCGCGAGACUGUCGCUGCUAUGAAGAGAAUCUUCCCUGGUGUCCGAGGUCAGCUGUGGUCGCUAUGCAAGCCAAAGCAGAAGAAAUAUAACGUCGCCGUCAGCACUGUCCUUGGUCGCCACAACGACUCUAUUGUAGUGGACACAGAGAAAGUGGCAAAGGAGUGCAUCCAAUACCUUCGCGAUCAACGUGCUGGGCAGGCUACCUUCAUCCCUCUCGACACCAUCAUGCACAAAGCACCGGAUGCCAACCUGAAGGGCAUGCAUAGGGGCAUGCGCCUCGCCAUUGACACAAUCGAUUACGAGAAUGCUGUUGAGCGCGCUAUCUCUUUCGCUUGCGGAAACAGUAUAGUAUGCGAUGACCUACAGAUUGCUAGACAUCUCUGCUACGAUAGACAUGUCGAGGCCAAAGCAGUCACACUUGACGGCACCAUCAUCCACAAGGGUGGCCUCAUGACCGGUGGACAUGGCUCAAACGACCAACGAAAUGCACGAAAAUGGGAGGACUCAGAAGUCGAAAACCUGCGCCGUCUGAAGGACAAGCUGCUCGCUGAUCUGAGUGCUCUGCCCAAGGGUCAUCGCCGGCAGGCAGAAGAAGAGGCCCUCCAGGGUGAACUUGCGGGGCUCGAGUCACGUCGCGCCUUUGCUGACGAAGAGCUCAAGGCACUCGAAUCAAACAUUGAGAGCAAACGCCGUGAGCUGAACUUUGCAAGACGUCAGCUGGAGGAGACAAGGCCAAAGUACGAGGAGCAAGCUCACGGUGUCACUACUCUGCGUAGUCAGCUCGAGUCUUACUCAGCGUCAGUUGCGACUGUCGAGGAUGAAGUCUUUGCUGCUUUCUGCCAACGUCUAGGAUACAGCGACAUUCGCGCAUACGAAGCUCAGCAGGGUAGUGUCCAGCAGAAGGCGGCGCAAAAGAAGCUGGGGUUCACCACGCAACGCAGCAGAUUGGAGAACCAGCUUGCCUUUGAGACACAACGUUUGCAGACAACCAAAGACCGCAUUGCUAAGUUGCAAAGCGAUGUAAAAGAAGCUCAAGCCAACAUUGCAAACCUCGAGUCCGAGCGCGAUACCCUCAACAACGAGCUAGAUGAACUCAACGCCGAGGUUGAGCAGAUGAACGAGCAGCUGAUUACACGCAGGACGAAGUACGACGAGAAGUCUGACAAGGUUGCUGAACACCGACGCGAAGUCGCAAAGCGCUCAAAGUCGAUCGAAAGCACGAACAAAGACAUUACCGCUCUACAAGAGGCAGUGCAAAGAUCCAACUCAGAUCGUUACUCUUUGCUUCGUAGGUGCAGAAUCGAGGAAAUCAAUGUUCCGCUCACCUCACAGAGCAGGAAGCUGGAGUCUCUUCCACUGGAUGGUGGCAUGGCUGCAGACGAAGAUGCCAUGGACGUCGACGAAGAGGAAGGAUCUCAACGCGUGCCCGGAGUCAAUGAUUAUGGUAUCGAUGUCGAUUUCUCGGACCUUGAUGAUGACCUGAAGGAAGAUGAUUCAGAGCAAUGCGAGGCAAAUCUGCAAGAAAGCGCCUCGAAUAUACAAGCCGAGCUUGAAAAGAUGGCGCCGAACAUGAGAGCCAUCGAACGCUUGGAAGGUGUCGAAGCACGUCUCAAGUCUACUGAUGACGAGUUCGAAGCAAGUCGCAAGGCCGCCAAAGAAGCCAAGGACCAAUUCGACGACAUCAGAGACUUACGAUCCGACCUCUUUACCAAGGCUUAUGAUCACAUAUCUGGCCAGAUUGACCAAGUCUACAAGGAGCUCACGCGCACUGCUAGUUUUCCUCUUGGAGGUCAGGCAUACCUCGAUCUGGAAGAUACUGACGAGCCAUAUCUCAGUGGUAUCAAAUACCACGCCAUGCCUCCACUCAAGCGUUUCCGUGAUAUGGAGCAUUUGUCUGGUGGUGAGAAGACCAUGGCUGCACUGGCACUGCUCUUCGCUAUACACACAUAUGCCCCUUCACCAUUCUUCGUCCUCGACGAGGUUGAUGCCGCUCUCGACAAUGCCAACACUGCCCGUCUGGCCAACUACGUCAAGGAACACGCAGGCCCUGGCAUGCAAUUCGUUGUCAUUUCUCUCAAGACUGGACUCUUCCAGAACAGUGAAACGCUUGUUGGUGUCAUGAGAGAUCAGACUGUGAACAGCAGUAGAACCCUGACUAUGGAUCUUCGCAAGUACCAGGCUGCAUAG